AUGCCUUUUGCUUCUUUCAAAAAUGUGCAAAAGCGAUAUGCCAGAACGCACAAAGAGCGUUCCCAGCCCGAACAUCGCAAACAUCUUGGUCUGCUUCCGAAGAAAAAGGACUUUGUUAUCCGAGCGCGCGAGAAAGAGAAAAAAGACAAGAAAAUAAAAGAGUUGCGACGACAGGCACUCACCCGGAACACCGACGAGUUCUAUUUCAACAUGUGCAACUCCGUUUUCGAUGCUGAGCGCGGGCAUAUCCCUCUGAAUGCGGAAACCCAGUACACAGAUUCCGAUCUGAAAAACGCACUCUCAAUGAGCGUGGCGCAGUUACAACAUGAACUGCAAAAGGAACUUUCAAAAAUUGGGCGUCUGGAAUCUUCCACCAAUCUGUUGCACGGAGAACAUGAUUUGCGACCUCGAGGUGCACCAGCUAGACACAUCUUUUUCGCGGAAUCCUCAGCCGAAGCGGCUGAACUCCGUGCAUCCAUCCGGAACGGUGACUUUAUUCAACCUUACGGUUCUAGUGCUGACUUGCUGGAGGAACGACGCGCAGUGUACAAAGAGUUAGAGGAACGACUGGCAAGGGCCGAACAACUGAAGCUGAUAUUGAAGCAACGUGAAGCAAAGCAAAAUCUGACGGUAAGAAUUCUUUCGUUGGUUCAGUCUCGUUAG